GUGAUUUUUUCCUGUAAGUUUCCUGCUUCAAAUCCAAAGUCUCCCAUCUUUAUCUUGCAAGGUCUUGAUUCUGAUCAACAAGACAACAUUUUAUUCAUAUUCACAUCUGCUUGGUGCAUUCUUUCUACGUAGAAAUCUAGCCAACAGCUGCCCAUUCAUUCAUUCAACAGAGAAGAAGAAAAAGAGAAGCAAAGCAAGAGAGAGAGAGAGUUUAAUUGGGUAAGGAUAGGUGAGAGUGUGUGUGGGUGUGUUUAAUAAGAGAAGAGAAGAGUCAGAGCUUGAAUGUCCGAGAUCAUAUUUUUCUUGAGCUUCCUGAGGUGGUGCCUGAGCUUGUAGGCUGUAGCCGGGUCAGGAGCUUCUGGAAUGCCACUGGCUAGACCAUUUACUGCUAACAAUGUGUUAAGGAAAAUGGAUCUUUUCUCUCAUCCCCUGAAUCCCGAGGAGUGCGCAAAGAUGAGACUGCUAAAGGAACUGCAAAGCAUGAAGACAGAACCGCUGGAUCAUUGCAGUUGUGGGCCUGUGGAAGAUGACAUCUUUGAGUGGCAGGGAAUGAUACAAGGGCCAAUGUAUACCCCAUUUGAGGGAGGCCUCUUUUUUCUGUCUAUCAGCAUCCCUGAGAAUUAUCCCUAUAGCCCUCCUCAGAUCAAAUUUAAAACUAAGGUUUUCCAUCCAAAUAUUGAUGAACAUGGCACCAUCCAUGUUGACAUACUCUGGGAUCAGUGGACUCCUGCCUUUACUAUUCAAGGGCUGCUAUUUUCAAUAUGGUCACUUCUUCUUGAACCAGUUGAAGUUGAUGAAUUUGACGACCAUCCAAUUGCUCUUCUUUACAGAGAUGAUAGGGCAACAUAUGAAAAGAAAGCAAAGGAAUGGACACGGGAGUAUGCAAUGAGCUACUAAAUUACUUCCCCUGUUCCAACAUUUCUUAGUAGGAACUUUCAUUACUUCCCCUGCUCCAACAUUUCGUAGUAGGAACUUUCACCUGCAGAUACUACAUUCAAAUGCCAUGUAGAGAUUGCAAGAUACAGGCGUGCAGGACUCUCUUUCCAAUCACAGACAAAUACAUAUGAUAUGCAUACAUGUGUACAAUGAAAAGACCAAAAUAGAAAAAUGAUGAGUUUUCUAGAGUGAUGGUUUUGUUUUAGAUUCUACUUCUUGGGCUUGUAUUUAUUAUUGAGUUACAUUUUCAGUGAAUUUAAUUACAUUCUCCAUGAAUUCAUUUU